AUGCAGUUAGACGAGGCCUAUAAAGUGGUCGGAGAAUGCGGUUUCUAUCAUUUUUCUAUAUACAUCUUGGUUUGCAUAUUUGGACAAGUGAUAUCCGUAUGGCACAUGUUAGGAAUCACCUUCCUGGGUGGGACGCCGCUGCACCACUGCUGGAUACCAGACUGGGCUACGCUCAAUGACUCAAUACCGCUAGUCGAGAGCGAUGACGGCACAUGGGAAUACAGCAGUUGUACUAUGUAUGACAACUAUACAGCGUCGAGUAACAGCACAGUGUCGUGUGAACAAGGCUGGGUGUACGAUCCGUCCCAUGAGCUCACUAUUGUCACAGAGUGGGAUCUUGUUUGUGACAAGUCCGCAUACGUCGACAUCUCUCAAGCCAUUUUUAUGACUGGAGUCAUGUUUGGUUCUGUUACAUUUGGUCAGCUAUCGGACAUCUUUGGCAGGCGACCAGUGUGGUUCCUUUCUCUUUGGGUUCAAUUGGUAAUAGCGGUCAGUGUAGCAUUCACCCAGAGCUACGCCGCCUUCACUAUUCUUCGCUUUUUUGUCGGUUUUCUUGAGCAGGGCGUGGACAUCACCGCAUAUGUUAUGGUUACUGAAAUGUUCACUCCUAAAUGGCGUACAUAUGCCGGUGUCAAUUUGACCAUAUUUUGGGCAAUUGGAAUAAUGAUAUUGCCGAUGAUGGCUUCUUCUAUUGAUCAUUGGCGAUAUUUACAACUGGCGAUAUCUCUACCAGCAGUUCUUUCCAUUCCUUUAUGGUGGAUCGUUCCGGAAACGCCCCGAUGGCUUCUGUCAAAGGCUAGGGUAGUAGACGCUGAGAAAAUAUUACAAAAGAUCGGAAGACGUCAAAGACGGAAUGUACCUGAUAACAUUCUCACUGACGAAGCAAACUAUCCUCCAAUUAAUAUGCAAAUAGUUAGCAGUGAGGGCGUUGUGGCUGAUGAGGCUCGCGAUAGUACGAACACCGCACCAGAAGACAAGGAUAGCAAUAAGAUUCAUCAUCUUGGCACGAUACCUGUACAUAUAAUUUCAGACGACGGCGACAGUUGUAAACAUUCCAGUGAAGUACAUUCUGAAAAAAACACAGAUAAUAAUUCUAUUGAGUCAACAGAUGAAAAUAAAGAUACUAAGAAGUAUAACAUCACAGAUUUAUUUAGAACGCCAACUGUGCGAAUGUAUUCCCUAAUUAUGAUAUUUGUCUGGAUGGUCAACAGUUUAGUUUACUAUGGGUUAUCACUCAACACAGACCUGCUGGCUGGCAACAAAUAUUUUAAUUUUUUUCUCAGCGGUGCUGUAGAAAUACCGGCAUAUAUAUUAUCAGCGUUCGCCAUAGAUAUAUGGGGUCGCCGUAUUCCGCUAUGUACAUUCCACAUCAUUGGUGGCGUAGCUUGUAUACUUACAGGGUUCAUUCCAGAAGAGACUAGUGACGGUACCGAUCUGUCAACACUGGUGGUGGUCAUUGCCAUGACCGGAAAAUUUGGAAUAGCGGGAUCCUUUGCUAUUGUCUUUCUAUAUUCCACUGAAUUGUUCCCCACCGUUAUAAGAAAUCUUGGAGUUGGUGCGUCGUCUUUUUCGUCCCGCAUUGGUGGAAUUCUUGCUCCUCUGAUCGUGUUACUGGAAGCAUAUGUUAGUGGUUUACCGUUGUUGAUAUUUGGAGUGUUAUCCGUGGCUGCCGGACUGCUUGUGCUUGUCUUACCUGAAACCAAAGGAAGGGUGCAACCUAAGACAAUUGAAGACGUCGAAACACGGUGA